GAGGAGGGCUGGGACCCGCCAGUUGCGUCCCCACAGGCACUGGUGACAUUCGAGGACGUGGCAGUGUGGUUCUCGGCAGAGGAGUGGGACCUGAUGGAGGAAUGGCAGCGGGACCUGCACCGCGAGGUGACAGAGGGGACAUCCUGGCUGCUGGCAUCUCUUGGGACCCCCAGCAGCCCGGCCCUCGCUGCCCUGGUGCGGCUGGUGAAGGAGAUCCCAGAGUUUCUCUUCAGUGGCCCCAAGGCUGAUGCGGACCCAGGUGCCACCACCAGCGGGGAUACAGCAGCGGGCUCCGAGCGGACAGGUGCCAGCG